AUGCUUCAUCGACCUACUCUUAUGCCUGCAUCAAUGAAAUCAUCCUCAAAAUUCAACUUAUCUACGAAUUCAAAACAUUCAUCUCAAUCAAUUAAAAUAGAAAGUCGUCAUGAUUAUAACGGUGGUGAGACAGUUCUUGUACGACGUACAAAUCCAGAUGAAGAUCGUAUGAAACAGGAAGAUACAGCAUUUGAUGAUGUAUUAAACAAAGAACAAGAAGAUUAUGCGGAGGAAGAUUACAAUGGGAAUGAUGGAGAUAUGAAUUCGGAUGACUUUUAUAUGAAAGGUGAAUCUCACAUCCCAGUGUCGAAUAUUAAAGUGGAUGAAGCCACUGGAAAUGGAACUCCAGUGACCGUAACCACAGAUUCGGUUAAACCUAUUGGAAUUUUACCUCUGAAUGAUAUGGUUCACAAUUUACUCACAUGUACACCACAUGUUGCUCCCACCAUACAAAAUGUUGCACUUCAACCUAUACUGUCGGGUAAAAUGAAUGCAUCGGGAAGUGUGCAAAUGCCGAAUGUUGUUUCCAAUGCAUUGCCUACAUUGUGGCUUCAUUCUCCUGUUGUGAAUUCAACGGAAAUGAUGAGUAUGCCUAAUGUGAAUAAUGUGACAGAUUUGACGAGUAAUAUUGUACAGAAUAGUGGGACUGCACUGAAUCCACUUGUUGCUGCUGUGCUUGUGAAUUGUGCCACAGUGAACAUGAUAAGUCAGCUAGCUGGAUCUAUGUGUACUCCGCUGGUGAACAGCAGUAUGAUCGAUGGUAAUGUUAAUGGUAGUAAUGUGAACAACAAUGGUAACCACACUAGUAGUGCUUGUAGUGUUAGUAGUGGUAGUGUUGGUGUUAGUAGUGGUAGCAGUGGAGUCAACACAGUAACAAUCCCUACAGCGUCAUUACUUCCCAAUUUGUUAUCUGCCAUUCCUUUGUCUACGUAUAUAUCGGGAUUAGGACUGAAUACAACUGGAGGUAUAAUUACUUCACCAAAUAGUUUGUGUAAUGUUGGUGUUACUAGUCCAGCUGUCUCGUCUGCAGCAACUCUUAAUAAUAAUAUUGGUGGUAUGAUUGUGACACCAUCGAAUGUUGAGAAUAUUAUGGUUUCACUGUCAUCUGGUAGAAGUCAAGCUGAACAGUGUGAUGUGAUGUAUAAUACUGAAAGAUCCGUUGUAAAUAAUUCAUCUAAUGAAAUUAUUAAAAAUAUUGAGAACAAUAAUGAUGAUAAUAAUGCAACAACUGUAAAAUCCGAAUCAUUUCAGUCAUAUAUGAUAAUUCCUGAUUCCAGAACAAUGUUUAGCACUAAGCCUACAAGAGAAUUGAGAAAGUAUCAUUGUACAUAUCCAGGAUGUGACAAAUCGUAUGCUAGACGAUGUCAGUUGAAUCAACAUAUAUCAACGCAUAUGAUUACUGAUCCGAUAUCAUGUGAUGCACCGAAUUGCAAUGUGAAAUACUUUUCAGAGGAGGAUUUAAAAAGACAUAAAUUAUCUCAACAUUCAUCAGCCGAUCAGGAUUCGAGUCGUCAAUAUGCUUGUACAACUCCUGGAUGCAGUAAAUCGUAUUCCGAGUUGAAUAAAAUCACGAAACAUCCCGAAAUAACUACUAUUUCACCAAAUGUGCAACCCAAAUCAACAGAACCAGUGGAAACGAGGAAUGCAAAAUCGAUAGCACCGAAUAUUCAGAAAAUUCUCCCACCCAUUGCACCAAAAUCAACCAUAUCUCUCCCCAAAAAUUUGGUUUUUCUAAAUGUUUGUACAUAUCCUGGAUGUGGUAAAUCUUAUUCAUCAUUCAACAAACUCAAGUUACAUUUAAGAUCACAUAAGUGUGAAAGACAAUACGUUUGUAGAAAACCUGGUUGUGGUGCUACAUUUACUGAAUUGUCUGGAAUCCGAUCUCACGAACUGUCACACAUAUUCGUCCAUAAAAGUACCGGACGACUGGAUAAAUAUCCUAUCACUAUGGUUAGUAAUACAUUCCGAACAAGUCUUAAUACUUCUGAACCAAUAUUGAAUAAUCAGGGUAGCUCUGAAAUAACUACUAUUUCACCACAUUUGUUACCUAAAUCAACAGAGUCAAUUGAAAUUACAAGUGAAAUAUCGAUAGCACCGAGUAUUCAUAAAAAUCGUACUCUCCCACUCGUUGCUCCGAAAUCAAAUGCCCCUGUUCUUAAACCGUCUAUUCCCACAGUAAGUUGGGAUUCCGGAAUGAACUUACCUCAUGUUUGUCCAUUUAAAGAAUGUGGUAAAGCAUUCCUGAAACGAAAUAAACUGCACGAGCAUGUGUGUCGACAUACAGGUGUACGACCAUUUGUGUGUGAUCAAUGUAAUGCAUCAUUCGUUCAAAGGUAUGAAUUACGUCGUCACAGUAUUAUCCACCUACGUGGUGCACAACCAAGAAGUUUGUCACGUUUUCUCACAACUCCACAACAAACAAAUGAAACACUUGAAUCUAUUGUCACAAACAGUCAAAUUUCUGUCAGUACUGCUCCCAAUACUGCUACUAUUACUACUAAUCACACCACUUAUUCUACUACUAAUACUACUAAUACUAUUCCCAUUGUUACUACGACAGUUUCUGCAACCAGUCUUAUUUCAGAUACUACAAACUCCACCAUCUCUACUGUUCCUGUUUCGAUCAGUACUCUUAAAGUUGAAGAAGAGUCAGAACUAAUCAAAAUGGAAGAAAUUAUUCAACAAUCAACAAGUCUACAACCAUGUGAUACUGAUGAUCAGAGUUCCACCCACACGUUACUCUACACACUCCUUCAGUCUAAACAUGAGAAGUUACAAUCUUCCUAA